AUGGCAGUCUACGCAUCUCAACUCGCAACCAAGGGCCACUUCGCGAACAGCGUCCCGACUCUACCGACGCAGGCGCCUCCUGCCGGCACGUUCUUACCAGGUACCAAAGUUCAGGUGGGAAAUCACAGGGUCAUUAUUGACCGCUACCUGUCCGAAGGCGGCUUUGCCCAUGUCUACGUUGUACAGCUCCCCCAUGCCGUGGAUGGAGACCAGAAGGCCGUGCUCAAGAGGGUGGCUGUGCCCGACAAGGAUCAUCUGGCCAACAUGAGAACAGAGGUCGAGACCAUGAAGAGACUGCGCGGGCAGAAACAUAUUGUCAAGUACAUCGACUCGCACGCCUCUCAGUUGAAGGGUGGUGGCUAUGAGGUGUUUCUGCUCAUGGAAUUCUGUCAGGGCGGGGGACUCAUCGACUUCAUGAACACUCGCCUGCAGAAUCGGUUGACUGAGCCUGAGAUUCUGAAGAUCUUCACAGAUAUAGCAGAGGGCGUGGCGUGCAUGCAUUACCUGAAGCCGCCUCUGAUGCAUCGAGAUCUCAAAGUCGAGAAUGUCCUCAUAUCCACUAGCGGCUCUUCCAGGAUAUACAAGUUGUGUGACUUUGGGUCAGCAGCCCCUGCGAGACCGGCCGCUGCCAGUGCCGCCGAAGGACGGCUGAUAGAGGACGACAUCAACCGCCAUACCACCCUGCAGUAUCGCAGCCCCGAGAUGAUAGACGUGUACAGGAAGCAGCCGAUCGAUGAGAAAUCUGAUAUUUGGGCUCUUGGUGUCUUCCUGUACAAGCUUUGCUAUUAUACGACUCCGUUUGAGGAAGCUGGGCAAAUGGCCAUCUUGAAUGCCAAGUUCAAGUUCCCUGGCUACCCAAGGUUCUCCGAUCAGUUGAAGCUUCUGAUAGCCUCGAUGCUCCGAGAGAAACCAGCAGAUCGACCCAACAUAUAUCAGGUGUUACAGAAAGCUUGUCAGCUGGACGGUCGCGAGUUGAGAUUUGAAAACAUCUAUGCUCGCAGGACACAAUCGGAAAGCCGUAAAGACCAAGUGCUCCCACAACCCUCUAGCUCGCAAUCACGAGCCGGUGCGACGUUAUCCCCUCCGAAACAAGCAGCUCCUCCUACCAUUCCUGAUAUUGAACCAAUGCGACGAGGGCGACCGACUAAACCUGCAUCCCACCACGGUUCGGCCAAACCGAGUCCGUCACCACUACGAAUGAUGGCGGACGCGCAUUCAGAUCCUUUCGCUGCUCUAGAUGGCAACAGGGCGUCUGCGGAGGACGAACUCUCCUCGCGCUUUCCCACGCUUGAUCAGUUCUCCUUAAUGACCGACAAGGCGCAAAAAUUUGCUUUUGAAUCCCAUCUCGAGAAAAAGGAGACAGUGGCCGAUCCCAAGUUGGCUCAACGGGUGACGAACGCAUUAGCAGAUGAUGCGUUCGCGAGGCCUCCCAGUCCUGCCAAACCAAAACCGCCAGCAGAGAAGUCAGCUACGGUUGCCAGAUCGCAGACUGUUCUGCAACACAAGAGAUCGCUCGAGGGCAAAGAAACACAAGCACGUGCAAGCAUAGCCAAUGGCCCACCAGUCACUGCGCCCAAGCCGGCCAUGGUGUCAACCGGUACGAUGACAGCCUCGCCACCAGCUCAUGAACCCGAAGCCAAGCCGUUUGCCGAACGUACAAUACACCGUUUCCCGUCGAAAGAGCAACCUUUGAAAACUACGAUCACGCCAAUUCAGACAUACGAAGACUUGGAGCUGCCUCCACGAGAGACCCGGCCUCCCCGCAACAAAGAUGCGUCAAGGCUAUCAAACCUGCUGAGGGAAGAUGCCUACCGCUCGCAGCUCGCCGGUGACGUUGAGCCAAGGUCGCCAACGUCGUCGCGUCCGUCUUUAGAAGGUGCACGCCCUACCAUGCGAGAGCUGGAUUCCGGCGUGAGCAGGUCCAGGUCGCUCAAUUUCAGGAACCGACCUGCCAGCGUAAACAUCGGGGCGCGACCUACUCAUAUCAAGGACAAGGAAAUCAAAAGCCUCGACUAUGAGACGACUUUCCAGAGUGCAGAACCGGAACCAGCUCCUCUGCUACAGGUAGAGUCAGCCACAAAUAUUACAUCGGACGUUGACUUUCUCAAGGCUAAGGAAGAGGAGGAGAAGGAACGCCGGCACCAUAGGACGCUGGGCAGCGGUCCAAGGCAUCUCAAGAGAGCCAGCUUACCGUCGAUUGUUCCCAAUAUUGCGGGUACGACAAAGCUGCUGGCUGGCAAGUUCGGCGACGCAUUCAAGAUGUUUGAAAGUAAUAACGACUCAAACCAUUAUCGACAACGCAGUGGCUCUCCCUCACGGGACCCCAUCAACGUCCUGACCCCGAUAGCAGGCUCGGAAGCGACCGAUUUAAGUGACGAUCGGCACCCGUGGGACGAUACGGAGGACCAGACUCCUGAGGUCAGACGGGAGAUUGAGAAAAGAAAGCUCGAGGCUGAGGAGAAAAGAGUCGCUCAGGCGGCUGCGGAGUACCGUCAUCGACUAGCAGCACGGGGCGGUGGUGCUACCGUUGGUGGCGGCGUUGCCAGAUCAGCGACGAUCCAGCACAGGGUCAAAUCGCUUUUAAGUGAGAACACUCGGCCGGCGCAGAAGACAGCCACCGGAUACGGCCACUUCACCGAACCUACAGCACCUCAACAGCCGCAUGGGGAUGAGAGGCGGUCCUCUCAGCCGCCUGGCCAACCUCCGGCUCAGUUGUCUAGCCACGUUGAAAGGCAUGGUGUCCCAGGAGUCAUUGCGUCCGCUCCAUCCUCCACCACAGAUCUUACCCUGGUCAAUUCGCGCGGACAGAAACCUGCAGCGCCCCCAAAGCCAAAGGUGCUGCGGACAGCUGGAGCCGGCGAACCGAGCGUUGGCCGUGCAAACGGAGUCACUGCAGCUUCAAGCACACCACUGGAUGAUGACUGGGAAGCCAACUUCAGCCGGCGAUAUCCUAGUCUCGCGGGCAUCGAGAUGGUAGAGACAUCGAUUGACGCGCCCAAGCCCACAACGACUGUACGAACGAAAGAAGUGUGA